ACAAAAAAAAAAUACAACCAACACAAACAAAUAUUUCAAAUUCCUAUCAAUUCUAUUUCCAUUCAUCUUCUCUCCACCAAAGAAUUCAAAAGACAAUCAAAGAUUCUACCUAUCACCUCUUGUUUCCAUAUUCUUUUGUUGAAAGACAAAACAGAAAUUCGUCCGUGCAAGAAGAUACAAAUUUUCCUAUAGAAACAUCAACACGGAUCGAAGAAACUUUCAAAUGGACUUAUAAUCGAGAAAGAAUAUUUAUUGAUUUGUACGAUCAAGCAAUUGCCAUGGAUGGUUACCGCUUCAAAGAUCCUACACCCCUUGGAAGAGAGUUCUUGGUUGAAAAAUUCAACAAGGAGUUCAAUCUAAAUAUAAACUAUCGGUUUUUUAAAGAAAAACUUGAUCAACUAAAAAGAAAAUAUAAGAAGUACAAGCAACUUCUGCAAGGUUCUACGGGAAUUACGGUUGAUCCUGUUACAUCCGUUAUAUCUGCAUCUGAUUCAUGGUGGAAAGAUCGUGAAGUAUGUAAGAUUGUAAAAUCAUUUAAACGAAAACCGCCUGACUUUUGGGAUGUGAUGCAACGUUGUUUCAUCUUACAUGAUGUACAAUCACAGUCUCAGUACUCUGUGCACCAAAGAAGAGAGGAGUUAAUGAAUGAGGGUAUAGAUAAUGAUGAAAGUCAAGUUCCUGAGACACAAGAAAAUGAAGAGGUGUAUCGCGUUAAUAUCAACGAUGAAACACGUCCCUCUAAUGAAUUCACCCAGGAUCAUUUACAACAUAAUUCUUCACAUGCUCCUCCAAUUCAUACUCCUGCUUCAAGAGUUCAGCAACAAGGUGGACUAAGACGGGAAGUAGUUCACAAAGAGGGGCAUGAAGCUCAUGAAUCUCUAUUGGAAGUGGUUCACGAGGAAGUCGUAGAAAACAGUCAUUUGAGGCAACCCUAACAGAUACAAUGAAUGGUUUCAGAGAGUUUCAGCGCCAAAGUUUACAACAAUUACGUCCAAAUUUUUUCGACCAAGAUGAUUACGAAGAAUUUGAUAAUGCUGUCAAGAUAUUUGAAUCGUUGGAGCUUCCGAGUGACACAGAUUUUUAUUGGGCUUGCAUUCAUGCAUUUAAAGAAGAAAGAUUUUGGCGUAAGUACUUUAUUGAUCGAGCUGAAAGAACCACAGAAGAUAAGUUGCGCUUUUUAGAAGCUUUAACAGGAUAUACAUGGGACAGCGAAUUUGUGGGAAAGCGGUUAGUCUCCGGGCAAAAUGGUGGAAGUCCUAAUCCAAGCAACUUUACUUUUGGUAGUCCAUCUGGUAGUAAUAAUUCAUGGGGUCAAAAUUCUGGUGGCCAAUGGGGUCCGAGUUUUCCACAAUGGGGUCCGAGUUUUCAACAAUGGGGCACACCUCAAAAUGCACCACAAUGGGGUUCUAAUUUUCAACAAUGGAGUACACCUCCAAAUGCUCCGCAGUGGGGUACAUCUCCAAAUGCUCCGCAGUGGGGUACACCUCCAACUGGACUACAAUGGAGAACGGAACAAAAUGCGCCUCAAUGGACUUCACCACCAAGUACUCAACAAUGGGGUUCAUCACAAAAUGCUCCACAAUGUAUUCUUCCAACAAAUGUGCAACAUGGAUUCUCACUAGGUACAGAAGUAGAGACUACGAGAAAUGCUCAACAAGGAGUUUCUCAACGAGUAGAAGUACCCUCUUUCGAUAACGAUUUUAGAGGAGUUUCACCAGAAUAUGAUUUCACGAAUUAUGCAUCAGGAGGGCAAACAUCACGAUCACGUAGACGAAGAGGAUUAUUCAACAUUUGGGGAAAUAAAGAAGGACCAAAUUUAAAUGAAAAUCAGCAAAGUGAUUCAGGAUCUGAUGAUUAGUUAUACCAUUUGUACUUUGUUGUUAAAAGAUAUGUUAUGUUUUAUGUUAUCACAAGGUGCCCACGAUCUAAACUACGAUGAGAGAGUUGAGUUGUGGAAUCUGGAAAAUGAACAAUUUGAAGAGUUAAUAAUUCAACCGUCACUAAGAUACUAUAACUGAUAUUUUGAAAGAGGUCCUGUGCAAACAGAUAACGGUUUAGGAUGGAGAAAUAUAUGGCGUCGAGUCCAAGAAGAUAAUGCUGCGUGUCUUCAGUUACUAAGAAUGUCACUUGAUGUUUUUAGAGCAUUAUGUGACAAGUUACAAAUGAGUUAUGGGUUACAACCUACAAUGAAUGUAAGCAUCGAAGAGGGAGUGGCCAUGUUUUUACGAAUAUGUGGCCACAAUGAAGUUCAAAGAGAUGUUGGAUUCAGAUUUGGACGAACGCAAGAGACAGUGCAAAGAAAAUUUUUUGAAGUCCUUAGAGCAACUGAGUUACUUGCUUGUGAUUAUAUCAAGACUCCAACGAGACAAGAACUACGUCGAAUUCCUGAACGACUGCAAAUGGAUCGAAGAUAUUGGCCAUAUUUUAGUGGAUUUGUUGGAGCCAUGGAUGGAGUUCAUGUAUGUGUAAAAGUUAAACCUGAACUCCAAGGAAUGUAUUGGAAUCGCCAUGAUAGAACCUCGUUUAAUAUAAUGGGGAUAUGUGAUUUGAAUAUGUUGUUCACAUAUGUUUGGAAUGGAGCACCGGGAUCAUGUCACGAUACAGCAGUUCUCACGAUGGCGCAAGAUAGUGAUGCUGAAUUUCCUUUGCCUCCUAUAGACAAAUAUUAUGUAGUUGAUUCUAGCUAUCCAAAUAAACAAGGUUUUUUGGCUCCUUAUAGAUCUUCACGGAAUGGGGUUGUUAGGUAUCAUAUGUCACAGUUCAACAAUGGUCCUCCUCCUAGAAAAAAACAAGAACUAUUUAAUCGUUGUCAUGCGUCACUACGUUCUGUCAUUGAGAGGACGUUUGGAGUUUGGAAGAAGAAAUGGAGGAUCCUUUGUGAAUUUUCUAGAUAUAAUACUCAUUUUCAAAAAAGAGUGGUGAUGGCUACAAUGAGACUACAUAACUUUAUCAGAAUUUCAAAUUAUUUUGAUGAAGAUUUUGCCGAAGUAAUGGAGCAUACUGAUAUUAGCGACACAAAUUCUGAGAAUGAUGAAGGUGACAUGGAGACUACGGCUAUAGCUGAUGGAGAUCAAAUGGCAAACACUAGAGAAAAUAUUGCAGAUAUGUUAUGAAAAAAUCAAAAUAA